CGAUCGUCUGUGCAACAUCCCAUAGCGUCCGUCAAAUGCUCGCUGGGAGAGUGAUUCAAGGCAUCGGCGGGGGCGGCAUCUUCAGUGUCAACCUCAUCAUUUUGAGUGACAUUAUCCCGCUGCGGCAACGGAGCAAGUAUGUUGGCAUCACACAGCUUGUCAGCUCGCUCGCCGUCACCAUCGGACCAAUCGUAGGCGGCGCACUCAUCAAGUCUUCGUGGAGAUGGCUUUUCUGGGUGAACUUGCCAUUUGCCGGAGUCGGCAUGGCUGUCAUUCCCUUCCUUCUCCGCUACGUCAAGGCUGAGACGACAGUGUACAACAAGUUCGGAUCGAUCGACUGGACUGGCUGCGGUAUCUUCAUUGUCGGCGCCUCGACGUUUCUCCUUGGUAUCUCAUGGGGUGGACAACAGUUCGGUUGGGGUAGUUCAGCGACGCUUGUCCCGAUCAUACUGGGCGCCUUGAUCGUAGUUGGCUGCCUUGCGUACGAACGCUACAUUGCGCACAUCCCCUUUUUGCGGUUGUCGGUCUUCCGAACGAAGUCUGCCAUUGCAGCAUACAUGUGCACGGUAUUGGCGUCGCUUACGCUUUUCGCCGAGAUGUACUUUAUCAACCUCUUUCUUCUGACGAACAAGCUCUAUUCACCGCUCGUCAGCGCUACUGUCUUCCUUGCUUUUGCGGCCGCGGUCGUGCCAGUCUCUGGCAUUACCGGCGCACUGAUCACAAAGAUUGGCGGCUAUCGCUGGGCUGUCUUCUGCGGAUGGCUGAUCGUCACCUUCUCCUGUGGAGCUCUUAUGAUCUUGUCACCUGAUGCAUACGUUCCUGGAAUGAUCUUCGUUAUGAUCACCGCAGGUAUCGGUCAGGGCUUGCUGUUUAUGGCCCAUCAAGUCGCAACGCAAGCCAAUGCUCACGCAAAGGAUGCAGCCUAUGCGUCUGCGAUGUUCAGUUUCAUGCGCUCACUCGGCUUCUGCUUAGGUGUUGCGCUAGGUGGCACCAUAUUCUCCAACUUCUUGCGCCACCGGCUGUCGGCUCAUGGUCUUCCCAUCGAGAUUGCAGACAACGCGGAAGGCUUCGCAGCGACGUUAAAGGGAAUGGCGGCAGGAGAACUCAAGACAGCAAUCAUCGCAGCAUACGAAUACGCCUUCAGGAAUCUGUUCGCCACCAUGGCAGGCAUCGGUGCACUCGGGUUCGGGCUUUCGUUUAUGAUCGAAGAGGCGACUUUGGAUGUCGAGCACGACGCCAGUCACAGAUUCGUUGACCACGCCGCGCCGACGACAGAAGGCUUUCCGGAUCCCGAGGUCUCGCUGGAGAAGCGCAGACAGUCCGGCGUGAACAUUGUAUGAUGAUGGCUCGCGUUGCAUGCGAUGAUGAUGGUGACGAGCAUGCGGCACGAUCAUACUAGGUACAUAGUAACCACGACCUAUUAGAUACUCACGACCUCGCCUCUCACAAUGUAUCACGGUCUUCUUCGCUGGCGUCGACCCAACGUCGCAAUAUAGGCACCACAAUGCUUCCGAAGGCAAUCUGGAACCCUUGAAAUACAAUGAUGGGUAUUUGAAUUGUACUCUUCAGCUUCGGAUCGACGCUGGCGAAGAUGGUGUCGAUAAGCGGAAUCCCGACAACGGGACCUUUGGCAGGAACGCAAUAGCAGACUGAUACCACAUCUCUUGGUGACAGCCACAGCCGUGAGGACAGUAGUGCUAUUGUGAAGAGCAGAAGCCACACGGCUAUGCUCAUGAAAACCAGAUAAAUGAUGUUGUUGGCAGGGAUGGUG